AUGGUUGAAGGUGGCAUGGGAUGGAUCAUCGUCGAUUCAUUGGACACCAUGAUUAUCAUGAACCUCACAGCCCAAGUCCGGCAUGCGCGACAAUGGAUCGCCACCUCGCUACAGUAUAACCAGGACCACGACGUUAGUACAUUCGAGACAACCAUUCGCAUGCUCGGAGGAUUAUUAUCGGCACACUACCUCUCAACACAAUAUCCGACUCUCGCACCAAUCAAGGACGAUGAUGCGGGUGCCGCUGGAGAGGAUCUGUACAUUGAAAAGGCCACUGACCUGGCAGACCGAUUGCUUGGAGCUUUUGAGACGCAUUCUGGAAUUCCACUUGCAAGUGUUAAUCUGAAUACCUCCGCGGGCAUCGAAGCGCACAGUGAUGGCGGCGCAUCUUCCACCGCCGAGGCAACGUCGGUUCAGCUUGAAUUCAAGUAUUUGGCAAAGCUGACCGGUGAAGCUGAGUACUGGAAGGCCGUGGAGAAGGUCAUGGAAGUUGUGGACGAGCAGCAUCCGCAGGAUGGCCUUGUUCCUAUCUACAUUCACCCCCAGUCUGGUCAAUUCAAAGGAGAUAACAUUCGCCUUGGUAGCCGAGGUGACUCCUACUAUGAGUAUCUCAUCAAGCAGUAUCUUCAGACCUCUCAACAGGAGCCUGUGUACAAAGAGAUGUGGGAUGAGUCUAUGCAAGGCAUCCGCAAGCAUCUGCUUGCCUUUUCUGAAAAUGCGCAGCUCAUGGUGCUGGGCGAACGUCCAUCGGGCCUGGAUAAAUCCCUUUCGCCCAAGAUGGAUCACCUGGCCUGCUUCAUGCCCGGAACUAUUGCACUGGGUGCGACGAGUGGUCUGCCACUGUCUGUGGCGAGGAAGUCACCUGCCUGGUCUCAGCAGCGGGAAGAGGAGAUCCUCAUCUCUCGUGAGCUGAUGAAGACCUGCUGGGCAACAUACAUCAACACAGCAACAGGCCUGGCCCCCGAAAUCUCCCACUUUGUCCUGGAUAAGGAGCCCGUCAUGAUGGGAGAUAAAUACCCCCAGCCUUCCAAGGCCGGAUCACCAUAUGAGAUGAGAGGCAUUUCUCAACCACUGACCACUGCAGUUGAUGGCUCAGAAGCAUGGCGCAAGGACAUCGUCAUCCACGCCAAUGACCGCCACAACUUACAACGCCCUGAGACUGUUGAAUCUCUCUUCUACAUGUACCGCAUCACCGGCGACGAGAUGUACCGUGAAUGGGGGUGGGAGAUGUUCAAGUCUUUCGUCGAGCACACAGCCGUGUACGAAGAGAAGCCCUCUACAGCCGCAACCCCAGGCAGCAACAGAAAUAUCCACCGUGUCAAGGGAUUCACAUCCCUUUCCAACGCGGACAAACUCCCCGCCGACAAGCGCGAUAACAUGGAGAGUUUCUGGAUGGCCGAAACUCUCAAGUACUUCUACCUGUUAUUCUCGGAUCGCGACUUCAUUUCCCUCGAAGACCAUGUCUUCAAUACCGAGGCGCAUCCUUUACCGCGGUUCAGGCCUACGGGUGAAUUGAAGACCGGCUGGCAGAGGAAGCCUCGCCAGGCUGAACAAUAA